GGCUGCAGAGGGAGUGGUGGGAGCAGAGGUACAGAAAAGACCAGCUUUAGUAGGCUUCAACUCGAGCUGAAAAGCCUCUUCAAACGUAACAUAAAAACUACCAAAGAGAUGUCAACAAGCCUGCAGAGUUUGCUAGAAGGAAAGGGGGCGGCACAGACGCCAAGCAGCACAGGGGAGGAGGAGAAGGGGUCUCGCCAGUAAGAUCAGUCCACUCCCAGCGCGCCGGUGACGCCCUGAUACCCGGGGGAAGAGUUUCCUGGCGAGGCGCUCGCGGAACUUCGCUUCUGACUCAGGACUUGCUCCACCGGGUGCGUGGACUUCAGGCUCCGGCCGCCGCGCUCACUCUCGGGGCGAGCGUCUCCGGGACGCCAUGCCGGCCGCUGCUCCCCAAGCCCCGCCGGGCGCCGGCCAGGACCGCGCGGCCGAGCUGCUCUUCUACGUGAACGGCCGCAAGGUUACAGAAAAAAAUGUUGAUCCUGAAACAAUGCUCUUACCAUAUCUGAGGAAGAAGCUCCGACUCACAGGAACCAAGUAUGGCUGCGGAGGAGGAGGCUGUGGUGCCUGCACAGUGAUGAUAUCACGAUAUAACCCUAUUACCAAGAAGAUAAGGCAUUAUCCAGCCAAUGCUUGUCUGACCCCUAUCUGCUCUCUGUAUGGGGCUGCCAUCACCACCGUAGAAGGCAUAGGAAGUACCAAGACCAGGAUUCAUCCUGUUCAGGAGAGAAUCGCCAAGUGUCAUGGCACACAGUGUGGAUUCUGUACCCCGGGGAUGGUGAUGUCCAUUUACACCCUGUUGAGGAACCAUCCGGAACCCACACUGAAUCAGUUAACUGAUGCCCUUGAUGGUAACCUGUGCCGUUGCACUGGAUACAGGCCCAUAAUUGAUGCCUGCAAGACUUUCUGUAAAACAUCUGGCUGCUGUCAAAAUAAAGUAAAUGGAGGUUGCUGUUUAGAUCAAGGGAUGAAUGGAUUGCCAGAAUUUGAAGAAGGAAAUAAGAUAAAUGCAAAACUCUUCUCAGAAGAGGAGUUUCUGCCAUUGGAUCCUUCUCAGGAGCUGAUAUUUCCUCCUGAGCUAAUGAUAAUGGCUGAGAAACAACCACCAAGGGCCAGAGUUUUCAAUGGUGAGAGGAUGACAUGGAUUUCCCCAGUGACUCUGAAGGAACUUCUAGAAACUAAAGUCCAGUAUCCUCAGGCCCCUAUUGUCAUGGGGAACACUUCUGUGGGGCCUCAAGUGAAAUUUAAAGGUGUCUUUCACCCAGUUAUAAUUUCUCCUGAUAGAAUUGAAGAAUUAAAUGUUGUGGAUUGUGCACAUAAUGGGCUGACCUUAGGUGCCGGCCUCAGCCUGGCUCAAGUGAAGGACAUUCUGGCUGAUGUGAUCCAGAAGCUUCCAGAGGAGAAGACACAAACAUACUGUGCUCUCUUGAAGCACUUGGGAACUCUGGCCGGGGCCCAGAUCAGGAACAUGGCUUCCUUAGGUGGCCACAUCAUGAGCAGGCAUCUAGAUUCAGAUCUGAAUCCCCUCCUGGCUGUGGGCAACUGCACCCUCAACGUGCUAUCAAAAGAAGGAGGACGACAGAUUCCUUUAAAUGAGCAGUUUCUCAGAAAGUGCCCAGAUGCAGAUCUUAAGCCUGAAGAAAUCUUGGUCUCAGUGAACAUCCCCUACUCCAGGAAGUGGGAAUUUGUGUCAGCUUUCCGACAAGCCCAGAGGCAACAGAAUGCCCUCGCGACCGUCAAUUCAGGAAUGAGAGUCUUUUUUGGAGAUGGAGACAGCAUCAUUAGAGAGUUGUCCAUUUCCUACGGGGGUGUCGGUCCAACCACCAUCUGUGCAGAGAAGGCCUGCCAGAAACUCAUUGGAAGGCCCUGGAAUGAAAAGAUGCUGGACGAGGCUUGCAGGCUGCUGCUGGACGAAGUCUCCCUUCCAGGUUCGGCUCCAGGUGGAAAGGUGGAGUUCAGGAGGACACUCAUCAUCAGCUUCCUCUUCAAGUUCUACCUGGAAGUGUCACAGAUUUUGAAGAGAAUGGACCCUGUUUACUAUCCUACUCUUGCAGACAAGUAUGAGAGCGCUUUAGAAGAUCUUCAUUCCAGACAUCGUGGGCGUCAAUUAAUGUACCAGAAGAUAGACCCCAAGCAGCUUACUCAAGACCCAAUUGGCCAUCCCAUCAUGCAUCUGUCUGGCAUCAAGCAUGCCACGGGAGAAGCUGUCUACUGUGACGACAUGCCUGCUGUGGACCAGGAACUUUUCUUGACUUUUGUAACAAGUUCAAGAGCUCAUGCUAAGAUAGUGUCCAUUGAUGUGUCAGAAGCACUCAGCAUGCCAGGUGUGGUGGAUGUCAUUGCUGAGAAACACCUUGAAGGAAUAAACUGCUUCAGCUCUUUAUCCCAACCUGAGAAACUUCUGGAGACAGAAGAGGUUUCCUGUGUGGGCCAGCUUGUCUGCGCCGUGGUUGCAGAAUCUGAGGUUCAGGCAAAGCGAGCUGCAAAAAAAGUGAAGAUUGUCUACCAAGAUUUGGAGCCAGUGAUCCUAACCAUGGAGGAAGCUAUACAGCACAACUCCUUCUUUGAAGGGGAAAAGAAUCUGGAAUGUGGAAAUGUUGAUGAAGCAUUUAAAGUGGCUGAUCAAACUCUAGAAGGUGAAAUAUAUCUGGGAGGCCAAGAACAUUUUUAUAUGGAAACUCAAAGCAUGCUUGCUGUCCCCAAAGGAGAGGAUCAAGAGAUAGAUAUCUAUGUGUCCACACAGUUUCCCAAAUUCAUACAGGACAUGGUUUCUGUGACCUUGAAGAUUCCAGCUAACAAAGUCAUGUGUCACGUAAAACGUGUUGGUGGGGCAUUCGGGGGGAAGGUGGUCAAGACCAGCAUCUUAGCAGCCAUCACAGCAUUGGCUGCCAACAAAUAUGGUCGUGCAGUCCGCUGUAUCCUAGAACGAGGAGAAGACAUGUUAAUAACUGGAGGUCGCCACCCUUUCCUUGCAAAGUACAAGGUUGGGUUCAUGAACGAUGGCAGAAUCCUGGCCCUGGACAUAGUGCAUUAUAACAACGGUGGUGCCUCCGCGGAGCUCUCCUUAUUUGUGCUAGAACAGGCACUUCUGAAAAUGGACAAUGCUUACAAGUUCCCGAACCUGCGCUGCCGAGGGCGGGCCUGCAAAACCAACCUUCCAUCCAACACGGCUCUGCGUGGCUUCGGCUUUCCCCAGGCCGGGUUCAUCACAGAAUCCUGUAUCACAGAAGUUGCAGCCAAAUGCGGCUUGUCCCCCGAGGAGGUCCGAAUGAUAAACAUGUACAAAGAAAUAGAUCAAACACCCUACAAACAAGAGAUCGAUGCCAAGAACCUGACCCAGUGUUGGAAGGAGUGUAUGACCAUGUCUUCCUACUCCUCAAGGAAAGCAGCUGCAGAAAAUUUCAACUCGGAGAAUUAUUGGAAGAAGAAAGGGCUGGCCAUGGUCCCCCUGAAGUUUCCUGUUGGUGUUGAAUCCCUUGCUGCUGGUCAGGCUUCUGCCCUGGUUCACAUUUACCUAGAUGGGUCUGUGCUGGUGACUCAUGGUGGAAUUGAAAUGGGACAGGGGGUCCACACGAAAAUGAUUCAGGUGGUCAGUCGCGAACUAAAAAUGCCAAUGUCCAACAUCCAUCUGCGUGGAACAAGCACAGAAACAGUCCCCAAUGCAAAUCCCUCUGGAGGUUCUGUGGUGGCGGAUCUCAAUGGGAUGGCAGUAAAGGAUGCUUGUCAUACUCUUCUAAAACGCCUUGAACCCAUCAUCAGCAAGAAUCCUCAAGGCACUUGGAAGGACUGGGCAGAGGCUGCUUUUAAUGAAAGCAUAAGUCUAACCGCUACUGGAUACUUCAGGGGUUAUGAGUCAAGCAUGAACUGGGAAACAAGCGAAGGCCAUCCUUUCGAAUAUUUUGUUUAUGGAGCUGCCUGUUCCGAGGUUGAAAUAGACUGCCUAACAGGUGAUCAUAAGAACCUCAGAACGGACAUUGUCAUGGAUGUUGGCUACAGUAUCAAUCCAGCCCUUGACAUAGGCCAGAUUGAAGGUGCCUUUAUUCAAGGCAUGGGACUUUACACAAUGGAGGAGCUGAAUUAUUCUCCUCAGGGUGUCCUGUAUACUCGUGGUCCAAACCAAUAUAAAAUCCCUGCCAUCUGCGACAUCCCCACAGAGUUGUAUAUUUCUUUGCUGCCUCCAUCUGAAAACUCAAAUACCCUAUAUUCAUCUAAGGGUCUGGGAGAGUCUGGUGUCUUCCUGGGGUGUUCGGUGUUUUUUGCCAUCCGUGAUGCCGUGAAUGCAGCACGUCGGGAGAGAGGCCUAACUGGGCCCCUGAAGCUCAACAGUCCACUCACCGCAGAGAAGAUUAGAAUGGCCUGUGAGGACAAGUUCACAAAAAUGAUUCCAAGAGAUGAACCUGGAUCCUAUGUUCCUUGGAAUGUACCCGUAUGAAUCAAAUAUAAACUUCUGGAGAAAACAGGGUGAUUCUUCCAACACAGAAAUGUAUCCAAUUUCUAUAGUCAAAGAUGCUAGGAAUGAAAGACGGAUUUUUACUGCUCAGAAAUCAUUUCACAAAGCACUGCUUCUAUAUGACACUGAUUUUAAAUGUUCCAUUUAGAUUUUCAUAGAUGCACAUAAGUAGUUUAUAAAUCAUAUUUUAAAUGGUAUAAAUACUAACUGGUUUCCUCUAGAUUGAUAUUCUCCAUUAUUCUAUCCCUUAUAUAUAUUCAACUGAAUGGAAUAGAUGAUUAUUUGUAUGUGAUUCAUACAUAGCUGGCUUAUAUCUACCAACAGAAAUUAUAUUGUCUAGUGAAAGGCAAUUUCUAAAUAAUUUUGCUAGUAGUAUAAACUGUAAAGUUGUCAUUUUCUCAUUUGUCUCUAAUUUCUACCACCCUCCUUUUCUUGUCAGAGUGGAUCCAGGCACUGUAUCUAAAGAAUCUGUAGGACCACAGUAAAAAAUUAAUAAAUUAGACUUUAUCAAAACUAAAAGCACUUGUGAUUCAAAAGACACUAUAAAAAAACAAAAAGGCAAACCACAGCCUGGGAGAAAAUUUUGCAAAGCAUGUAUCUGAUAAAGAUUUAGCAUGCAGAAUGUGUAAAAAUCUCUUACAGCUCAACAAUAAAAAGAUAAAUAACCCAGUUUUAAAAUGAAUGAAUGA